UAAUUGUGUGAAGUAAUGUCAAAGAAGUUUGCAGUUCAUAGUGAAAAGUUAGCCCUGUGUUGCUUUUCAUUUCAGUUUCCAGUUCUUCCAGAUUCAUCAUUCGUAUGGACUGGUGCUGCAGUGCACACAUCUGCUGUGCAGCUCACUGACAAUAUUGACAAGGCACUGGAGGUAAAGGAGGCCCCACAAGUGGAAACAAAAUAUAUACUUAUGAGGCCAGAAGAGGUGUCUCACCAGAAACAGCUUGAUGGCUACAUAACUGUGGAUCAGCCGAUGAAUAUUUCUACCAUCACUGGAGUCCCUGAAGAACACAUCAAGACACGCCUUGUAAGGAUCUACAGACCAUGCAAGAAUGCCAUGCAGUCUGGUACAGACAACACCCAUCACUGGGAGAUGGAGUUUGAAACUAGAGAACGUUGGGAAAAUCCACUCAUGGGCUGGGCAUCCACUGGUGAUCCCCUUUCCAACAUGAAGGUACAAUUUCAUACAGAAGAAGAAGCCAUUGCCUUCUGUGAGAAGAAUGGAUGGAAGUGGUAUGUGCAAACACAGAAGAAGGAGAAGGAACUGAAACCAAAGUCAUAUGGAGUUAAUUUUUCAUGGAACAAAAGAACUAGGGUUUCCACAAAGUGAAGCAAGUAUUCAUAAUAUGUAAGAUAUGAUGCUAGUUUAAGCCUAUAUUAUUUGUAUGUAGGACAAUAAAGAAUUUGACUCUCCCUCUGUGUAAA